AUGACAAUAACACAUUCACUCACUUAUUGUCAAUUAAUAGGAGUAAAAACGACGGAGUUAUUUAUACUUAUAAAUAAUAUAGAACCUGCCAUUGUUCGAGAGCUAAAGGGUGUAAUCUGCGAAAAAAACUCUGGUACGAUCGGUAUCGUGGUGUCUUCUCAUCGUGAUUUUUCUGAUAAAGCAAUAGAAACAGCAGAUUCACCUGAUUACCUCAUCAUCUUGACUGACAUCUCUCACCUUCAGUUAGAGCUUAAGGCCAGAACUGAUGAGCUGGAGAAAACUAUAUCGCAUUAUUCAGUUGAGAUUGGCAAACUUAAUGCUAUAAUUGUAGAACUAGAGAAAAAUAAGACAGUUAUAGCUAAACUCAAGUCUGAAAAUGCAGAAUUUAGAGAUAGAAUCACGAAAUUAUCUAUAGAAAUGGAUAUUUCAUUAUCUGAAGAACUGAUACCAGAAGGGUUACCAGAGCCAGCUAUUAAUAUACCUGUUAUGGACCAAUUCAUUACCACGUCUCAGAAAAAUAAUGAUGAUGACAUUGAGUUCACUAAAAGUCAGGUUGUAGAGCAAGAAUUAACAAAAGAAUUGCUCAGCAGUAUCAUUUCUGCAAUCUCUUUUGAGGCUAUGGAACAGAUGCCUUUGGUGUUACAUCCAUCAUCUCUAGAUAUGAUGCAAAACUUAGUCUAUUUAUUCUAG